AUGUCUGCUGUCAAGGCCGCUGCCACCCACAUCGACUGGACCAAGCUGUCGACCUCCCUCGGUCUCAAGACCGAGACUGUCGCCGCUUUGGGCGCCUUCCGCAAGCGCAACGAAGAGGCCCGUCGUGUGUUGUCUGAUCUCCAGGACCAGAAGACAGCCGUAGACUUUGCUCAUUACCGCAAGGUCCUCAAGAACCAGGCGAUCAUCGACGAGGUCGAGAAGGCCCAUAAGGCCUUCAAGCCUUCGACUUAUGAUGUCAAGGCUCAGAUCAAGUCUAUUGAGACCGUUGAGGCCAAGGCUCUUGAGCGUGCCAAGUUCACCGCCACCAAGGUCGAGUCUGAGCUCGCUGAUCUCCAGGCCACCUUGAAGAACAUCGAGACUUCCCGCCCCAUUGAUGAGCUUACCGUCGAUGAUGUUCUCAAGUCUCGCCCUGAGAUCGCCGAGAAGGUCGAUGCUUUGUUGGCCAAGAGCAAGUGGGACACCAAGGGAUACAACGACAAGUUCGGUUACGUUACCCUCUUCUAA